AUGGAAGAAGCUAAAAGAGAUGAAGAAGAAUCAAAACAGCAACAGAUAUGGAGUUGGGGGGCAGGAACGGAGGGGCAGCUAGGCACAGGCAAGCUUGAAGAUGAGUAUCUCCCUCAACUCCUUCAUCUUCCUAUCCUCUCUUCCACUGGACGCAUUUCCACUCUUGCCUGCGGCGGUGCUCAUGUUAUUGCCUUGACGUCUGGUGGGAGAGUGUUCAGCUGGGGCAGGGGCACUACUGGUCAGCUAGGCCAUGGAGAGAUGCUCAAUAGCUUACACCCAAAGCCCGUUACUUCCUUGCAGAGCUAUUUCAUUACUCAUGUCUCUGCUGGAUGGAGCCAUUCUGGGUUUGUUUCAGAUAUCGGGUGUCUUUUUACUUGCGGGGAUGGCUCAUUUGGUCAGCUUGGGCAUGGGGAUUACAUGGCACAGAGUACUCCGGUUAAAGUCAACUACUUUGCUGAUAAGUUUGUUAUUCAGAUUGCAUGUGCCUUGCGCCAUUCGCUUGUCUUGCUUAGAGGAGAUCAAGUUUAUGGUUUUGGUUCUGGAAAGCGUGGUCAACUGGGUAUCUCCAGAGAUAAAAUCAAAUCAGUUAAUCUUCCUCAAGUUACUUGUGGAUUGGAAGAUGUUGAAAUUGUCAGCAUAAAUGCAAAUGGAGAUCACAGUGCUGCAAUAUCUGCUGAUGGUCAUCUAUACACUUGGGGAAGGGGUUUCACUGGUGCCUCAGAUGCUAACUUUCCUCAGCUUUCACUUUCAUCUUUGCGGUGCACUGAAGCUGCUCUUGGAUGGAAUCACAUCUUGCUAUUGACAGGUGAUGGAGAACUAUUUAUGUUUGGUGGCAAUUACCAUGGGGCUCUUUGUGAUCUUGAGAAAAUGAGUGCAGUGAAGCAUCUUUCUGAUUCAUCUGGAGCAGUUUUGAAUAAAGUAAGUGGUCUUGAUGGGGUGAAAGUUAUGAAGAUUGCAGCUGGAGCUGAGCACUCUGCUAUAGUGACAGUGGAUGGAGCAAUAAAGACAUGGGGUUGGGGUGAACACGGUCAACUUGGCUUGGGGAAUACAGAUGAUCAAACUAUCCCUCAAACAGUCAGUCUAGGUCCUGAUAUUCAAAAUGAAGAAGCCUUCUUCAACGUUUACUGUGGUAGUGGGUUUACAUUUGCAAUCAGUCCUCAUGAGGUUCUGUCAACGGUUGAGUAUCGUUCACAGGGUAGCGUAGAGUUUGUUGUUAGAUCUCAAUCAUCCAACUCAGUUACGUACAGUGUGGAGAAACCUGAGACUACGUACAGUGCACGUAUGCCAAAUGAGAAAUCACAGAUUUACUUUAAUACAGAAACCAUAUUGUAA